AUGAACAAAGAUAUGGAUGCUAGAAAGUUAAAAAACAUGGGAUUCCCUUGUACUUUUAAUAUCCCUAGUGUUGGUAGAAGUGGUGGCCUUGCCCUUGCUUGGAAGAAGGAAAUUCAUCUCAACAUUGUUUCAUCUAGUAUGAGGGGUAUCUAUGUUACAUCUACUGACACCAUUCAUUCUAAGACUUGUCAUAUUCAUUUUAUGUAUGGUGAACCUAAUAGUAGUUUGAGACAAGAUUUCUGGGAACAACAAUGCCAGCAAUCUAAUGCUCCCUUAGAUGAACAUGUUUUCUUUAUAGGAGACUUUAAUUCUCUCUUAGGAACUGAAGACAAAAAUGGUGGCCUAGAAGUUGAUGAUCCUGAUUUUGAAAACCUUAGAAACUUCUGCUCUGUGUUUAACUUGCAUGAUCCUGGUUUUUCUGGACCUAGGUUUACUUGGUCCAAUAUGCAACAAGGUCCUGAUUUAAUUCUUGAAAGACUAGAUAGAACUCUUGUAAACCAAUCUUCUAAAGAUCUUUGUCUUAAACUUUGUGUUAACAAUCUCCCCAGGGACUCCUCUGAUCAUUGCCCAAUGCAUAUAGGUUUUAAUUAUGAGGAUAUUUGCUCCCCUGCUUACAAGCUUAAAGCUAAACUGUUAAGUGCUAAAAAAGGUCUAAGAGAUUGUAAUAAGUCUUCUUUUGAUAAUAUUCAAACUAAUAUAUCUACCAUUAGGAAGUAUUUAGCUGAGCUCUAA